AGUUCUCAUUAGGUUUUCGUUUUGAAUUGGAUCUAUUCGUCAAUCCCCCUUCCCUUACCUCGACAAAUUUCCGAGUUGUGAUUUGUGAAUUGUGGUUGUGAAGUGCGCACUGUUUGACUGUUGGUACUGUUCGAUCAGAAAGUCACAAGAUUAAAAAACACAGUUAUGAGAAGUCUCUGAUCAAUAUCUUUGAACUUAAUAACCUAUCAUAAUUUCAUUGUCAUGUAUAUAUAUUAUGUAAUUUUAUAAACUUAAACAUGGGUUGUACAUUAUUAGUUAGGCAAUUGUGAUUAAGGCCUGGUUUCAAAGUGCAAGACCGAAUAAAUGAAUGAUGCAUUCUAUAUUUUGGCCAGGCAGAGUGCUAUCACGUGCUAUUAGAAAUGGACUGUCAAGAUUUUCUAAUGCUGCUGAGUUAAACGUUUCAACAAAGAAACAUCCCUAUUUAGUAUCAGUGGUUUGUGGAUUUCCUAAAGACAUAGCUAAUGGGCGAUCCCAUAAAGGACAAUUUGGAGACGACGCAUGGUUUUCCACGAAUUUCAACAAUGCAGAUGUCAUUGGAGUUGCUGAUGGAGUGGGAGGCUGGCGUGCAUAUGGCAUUGACCCAGGAGAGUUCUCAUCAUAUCUCAUGAGGACAUGCGAGAGAUUGGUCAGGAUGGGCCACUUUAAGAUGUCUGAACCGGGAGACUUAUUGGCUAAGUCUUACUAUGAACUUCUAGAACAUAAAAAACCUAUAUUAGGUAGCAGCACAGCAUGUGUAAUGAUUCUAGACCGAAAUGAAAGUAUAAUGCGGGCAGCCAACAUUGGUGACAGUGGGUUUAUGGUGGUACGAGGAGGUCGAGUGGUGCAUCGCUCACAUGAACAGCAGCACUACUUCAACACGCCAUACCAGCUUAGUUUACCACCACCCGGACAUGACAGAAAUGUUCUUAGUGAUAGGCCAGAAUCAGCGGAGACCGCUGAAUUUAAAGUGGAAUGCGGCGAUGUUAUCCUCGUCGCUACUGACGGUGUGUUCGACAACGUGCCGGAGCCCGUACUAGUGGCGGAGAUGAGACGUGCGGGGGAGGGGGCUGCGGGGGACGGGGUGAAGCUACAAGGAGUCGCCAACUCCAUAGCCUGGAUGGCCCGCAAUCUGUCCUUCGACGGCUGCUAUAUGUCGCCGUUCGCGAAGAGCGCAAGGCAGAAUGGCAUUGACGCUAUAGGUGGCAAACCAGACGACAUAACGGUGCUACUAGCGAUCGUAGCACUAUGAAGAUGUCUUGUGAUUUAUUAAUUUUAUUAUAGACUCAGAUUAUUCAAAUUACUCGCUUAUCGAUGAAACCAAAAAUGUUAGUAAUGGUACAAUACGACUAAUAACUGUCUUACAAUGAUCUGAUAUAUGAAAAUGCUGAUCAACAAGCAAAUACAAUUAGACACUAGUCACAGCGUGAUACAUUUCAGAAUGUGUACUUGUAACAUAAUUCUAACAUUUCUAACGAAUGUGGAUGUUCCAUUAUUUUUUUUUUAAUUUUGAUCUUGUUAUUGUUGUUGUGGUUUUUUUUGAUGAUUAGCGAAAGGUGUGAGCGAUUGUGAAACAGAUUAUGUCGAGGAUUUUUUUAUUAAUUUUUUUUAUUUGGAUCUUUUAUGAUGACAACACUUAAAGGUUCGAUAUUUGAAAAUAAAUCUGAUUUCAUGAAUAACUAUUUUGUGUGAAUAUUUCUUAUUCUAUUUCGAAAGGUCGCGAGCCUGAUCGAAACGACAUUGAGAGGUUAAAAGUAGAAUAACACGAUUUUGCCUCUUAAAAACCUGAGGAAGUACCCAUAACCGUAUCUACAGUUGGCAAUGUUUAGCCAGAGGGGGAAAAUUUGAUAAUCGAUCGUUAUAAAACUUACAGAUUCAUUAGUAGAUAUUGUUAUUUUGGUGUUUGAAUGAAGACUGAUACUAGUUUUAGCUUGUUGAUGUUUAAGAUUUUACUGCACCGAGUCGCAAACAAAUAUUUUAUUUUUUCUAUUGCUUUUUUUUUUUAAAUUCAUUUCAAGUAUUAUAGUAUCAUAGAUGUGAAUUUUCUCAAUCAAUAUAAAUGGAGCCUUCUUUUCAAUGACUACCGACAGAUACAUCCGCUAUGGGGAUAGAGGAUUAUUUAAAUAAUUUGCUAAACAUUCAUACCAAGAUUAGUCCGAAGGCAUUUAUACUGCCAUUGUAGGCUGUAUUGUACAAUAAACAUAGAAGACAAAUAUUUUCAAACACUUGUUAAUAUAUUUACUUAUAUCAACCGAUUAGUAAAUACACCAUAAUUAUAUUUUCUCAUCGCAUUUCAUCUUGUAUAACAUUGUGUUCAGUUGAGUUCUAUCUCAUCAGGUAUUUAAUUUAUUCAACAUUGUAAUUUGAUAUCAUUUAAAUUGUAUAUUUUAAUUUCAUUUUAACAAUUUCCCUUCCCGGCUAUACCGACACUGUAAAAGUUAUUGAUAUAAACUUGAAUCGAAGAGAAACUACUUAGUGCCUAGUAAGCCACCACAACCUAUUAAGUCUGUGAAUAAAUUUAUGAAUUUACGUUGAACGGCGACGUUUCACUUAAAUUCAUAAUAACGAAUUUAAUUAUGUAUGUAGAAAAAAUGCAAAAUUAAUAAAUUUGAUUUCGAAA